AUGUUGUUCAAGAAAUCAAUAAGAACUAUUCAGCACAUUUGGAAACAAUGUCAAUCAUCAGUUGAAAAUGGUAUGUCGUUGUUAGAUGUGUCUUUAAGACUUACAGGUAAAGUUGGAAGAAAACGGAUUGGAGUCGACAUUAAUCAAGUCAAAGAAAUUUUACUUUGUCUUCGAACAAAUCUUCGAUCUCUGGCUUUUGCGAUGAACAUGGCAAAAUCAACAGUCUUUCGGCGUGUGAAAGAUGGAACUCUUCGGCCACAUUCUAAUUCCAUCAAGCCUCAGUUAACCGAAGGAAACAAAAAGGUACGACUUCAAUACUGCCUCUCAAUGAUUGAUCAGAAUACAAUCCACAUAAAUCCCAUGUUUAUGAAUAUGUUUAAUUAUGUUCAUAUCGAAGAAAAUUGUUUUAUUUUCUCCAAAAAAGUUGAAAGGUACUACCUGCUUCCGGGAGAGCAAGAGCCAGAUCCGUAUCGUUCUUACAAAAGUAAAAAUUUUAUUCCAAAGGUUAUGUUUAUGGCUGCUGUAGCACGUCCUCGAUUUGAUGAAAAUGGAAUUGAGUUGUUUUCUAGAAAAAAGAGAGCAAAAUGUCCAGCUUCCGAUUCAAAUAAUCCUAUCUUUUUACAACAAGAUAAUGCAAAGCCACAUAUUGGUAACACUGAUUUGGAAUUUAUUGAAGCUGCCCAACAAGAUGGAUUUGACAUUAGAUUAUGUUUUCAUGCAUCGAACAGUCCAGAUUUAAAUGUUUUAGAUCUUGAUUUUUGUAGAGCAAUCCAAAGUCUUCAAUAUCAAAAGGCCCCUAAAAAUGUUGGUCAAUUAGAGGAAGCAGUGGAAAGAUCUUUUGAUGAAAUGAAAGCGAAACAACUCAAUCAUGUAUUUCUUACUUUACAAUCUUGUAUGAUUGAGGUGAUGAAAGAUAGCGGCGGCAAUAAUUACAAAGUGCCUCAUUUGAACAAAAAUGGACUAGAAAGAGAAGAAAACAUUCCUCUCCAACUUCAUUUUGAUAUUGAUAUCGUCAAUAAAGAUUUGGCUCUACUUCAACAAUGA